CCAACAUGGAGCGUGUGGGAAGGGAGAAGUGGUGAACAUGUCUAUGGAGUUCAUGAGCCCACUAUUCAGAGAAACCAGUUGCUGAAGCCAAAGGGGUGAAUCCAAAAGUCAAUAAAAGGAAUAAAAACCAACACAAUAUACAUACAUGGACUAAGAAGGCUUUAAAUCACACUUGCUGUGGUAUGAGGGUUGUUAGAGAAAUUCAGAAAGUGCUGAAAAUUACUUUUAGCGGAAGAUGUUUUAGUUUCUUUGUAUUUCACAAUAAGCUUUGAGCAAACAGUUUCCUGUUCCUCUUCCUAGGUUUUUAUAUCUAUCUAUCUGUGUUUGAACACAAAGAAGACUGAGAGAAACAGAUCAAACCAGGGCCUUCAGAUGAUGCUUGUGAGAGCGUUCUGACUAACACUUAUCUCUUGAUGCCCAGUGAUGGGAAACCAAAGCAGCAGAAUCAGUGACCUGCUCUUACGAGCCCUCGACAACCUUUCUCAGGAAGACUUGAAAAGAUUUAAAGACAAACUAUCACACUCUGACUUUAAGGGGAAAGGUAACAUCCCCCGAGGUCGGCUGGAGAAUGCCGACAGGAUAGAUACGAAGAACCUCCUGAUGGAAUUCUAUAGUGGAGAUGCUGUGGUAGAUGUAACCAUAGAUGUUUUCACUCAGAUCGACCUCCGAGAGUCUGCUGCAAAACUCAGAGAAGAAAGAGAGAAAGAGUUUCAUCAGAGUCAAAACCCAUCAGAGUUGUCAGCAAAAGGUUACAGGAAGAAGUAUAAAGAAGAUAUUAAAAAGAAAUACAAGCUAAUAAAAGACAUGAACAGUCGUUUUGGUGACUAUAUGAUUCUAAACAGAAGAUACACAAACCUGACUAUUGUAGACAGACCUCGUCAGGCAAAGGAGAGAGAACAUGAAAUAAUGGCCAUGGGAUGGAGACAUGCAGAAGUCAUGACUGAACGAGCUAGUUCUGAAGUUACACUGGCCACCCUCUAUAAACCUGAUAAAGAUGGACACACACCACAAGUCGUUGUGCUGCUGGGAGCUGCUGGGAUUGGGAAAACAAUGACUGCAAGAAAGAUCAUGUACGAUUGGGCAGCUGGGGAACUCUAUAAGGAAAAGUUUGAUUAUGUUUUCUACAUAAACUGCAGGGAAAUGAACCUUCUUAAUGAGCAGGGAAGUGUGGCUGACAUGAUUUUUAAAAGUUGGCUUAAUACAAAUGCACCAGUUAAUCACAUUCUGGUGAAUCCAGAAAAACUCUUGUUCAUAAUAGAUGGGUUCGAUGAACUGAGAUUUUCCUUUGAUCAGCCUAAAGAUAAUCUGUGCACUGAUCCCUGGGAAAAGAAGCCAAUGGAAAUCAUCCUGAGCAGUUUAUUUAGGAGAACAGUUGUUCCUGAAUCCUACCUGAUGAUCACUACAAGACCAGCUGCCCUGGAGAAACUCGGGCAAUGUUUGGAAUGCUCACGUUAUGCAGAGAUCCUGGGGUUUUCUGAAGCUGAGAGGGAGGAAUAUUUCCACAAGUUCUUUGGAAAUGAAAACCAAGCAAGACAAGCUUUACAAUUUGUGAAAGCAAAUGAAAUUCUUUUCACCAUGUGCUUUGUCCCCUUCAUAUGUUGGAUCAUCUGCACAGUUCUGAAACAACAGCUUGAAAAAGGAGAAACUCUCACACAAACUUCAAAAACAGUCACUGGAGUGUAUAUGCUCUACCUUUCCAGUUUAGUCAAGCCUCUCAGCAACAAUACGAAGCAACACUUGCAUGGAAAUCUGAGGAGACUUUGUUCCUUGGCUGCUGAUGGAAUCUGGAAGCAAAAGAUACUGUUUGAGGAAGAAGAAAUCAAGAAGUUCGGCUUAGAUCAAGAAAACUCUCUCCCCCUUUUUUUGAAUGAGAAUAUUUUUCAAAAAGAAACUGACUGUGAAUGUCUCUACAGCUUCAUUCACUUAAGCUUUCAGGAGUUUUUUGCAGCUUUGUUAUAUGUCCUGGCGGAAGAUGAAACAACAGAUUCAGGGAUUCCAAAGAAAGAUGUGAAAACUUUGUUAGAAAACUAUGGAAACUCUAAAAAUUAUUUAAUGUUAACAGUGCGAUUCCUGUUUGGGCUCUUAAAUGAAGAAAGAAUGAAGGACCUGCAGGAAAAAUUUGGGUGUAAACUUUCACCUAAAAUUAAGGCAGAUUUAUUGAAGUGGGUUCAAGCAAACCAACAAACAGAUUUAAUCUUGCCCUGUGUUCAUGAGGAGAUUUAUCAAAGUUAUCAGCUUGAGUUGUUUCACUGUGUAUAUGAGAUGUAUGAAGAAGAUUUUGCAGUUAAUGCAUUGGAUCACUUCACUGAACUGAAAUUAAAUCAAAAUAAAUUUACCCAGAUGGAUCAAAGGGCUCUCUCAUUCUGUGUAAAGCACUGUCAUAGUCUGGAGUCACUUUGUACAUAUGACUGUACAUUUAGUUUAGAAGACCAUGAGGAAAAACUCCCAAGACGACAAAAGUGGCUAUAUCAGAAAAACCGUCAGGAUAAGCCAAAGCAUUCGCCUAUUUACCUGCUCUCUCAAGCAUUGAAGGAUCCAAACUGUAAAUUAAAGAAACUAGAGUUUUGUGAUUGCCAUUUGACAGCUGCUUGCUGUGAGGAUUUCUCCUCUAUUCUUGGUACCAAACAGACCUUGGUUGAGUUGUGCCUGGCAGGAAACAGCCUGGGAGAAUCAGGAGUGAAGCUGCUGUGUGAGGGACUGAAGCAUGCAAACUGCAAACUGCAGAAACUGAGCUUGAAGGCUUGUAAACUCUCAGCUGCUUGUUGUGGGGAGCUCUCUUCUGCUCUCAGCAACAACCAGUUGCUGACAGAUCUGGACCUGAGUGAUAAUCAACUGGGAGCCAUGGGAAUACAGCUGCUGUGUGAAGGACUGAAACAGCCAAACUGCAAACUGCAGAGACUAGUGUUGAGAUUUUGCGGUCUCACAGGCGCUUGCUGUAGGGAUCUCGCCACUGUUCUCAGCACCAGCCAGAGCCUGACAGAGCUGAAUCUCAGUUAUAAUUUUUCUCUGGGAGAUGUUGGAAUUCAGCUGCUGUGUGAGGGACUGAAACAGCCAAACUGCAAAUUACAGAUACUGGGGCUGGAGGGGUGCAGACUCUCAGCUGUAUGUUGCUGGUUUCUCUCCUCCGCUCUCAGCACCAGCCAGGCCCUGGCAGAGCUGAACCUUUGGGGGACGAAGCUGGGAGAUUCAGGAGUGCAGCUGCUGUGUGAAGGACUGAGACAUCUCAACUGCAAACUGCAGAAAAUACUGCUGGGGAGUUGCAGCCUCACAGCUGCUUGCUGUGGGGAUCUCUCCACUAUUCUCAGCACCAGCCAGAGCCUGACAGUGCUGGAACUGGCGAAUAACAAACUGGGGGAUUCAGGCGUGCAGCUGCUGUGUGAGGGACUGAAACAUCCAGAUUGCAAACUACAGAAACUAGUACUGGGGCAUUGUGAUCUCACAGUUGUUUGUUGUGGAGAUCUGUCCUCUGUUCUUAGCACCAGCCAGACCCUGACAGAGCUCGGCAUAAGGUGGAACAACCUAGGAGAUUCAGGAGUGCAGCUGCUGUGUGAAGGAUUAAAACAUCCAAACUGCAAAUUACAGAUACUGCAACUGAGUGGUUGCCAUUUCACAGCUGCUUGUUGUGGGGAUCUCGCCUCUGCUCUCAGCACCAACCAGACGCUGACAGAGCUGAUCCUGGGAGAGAAAACAAUGGACAAUUCAGGUGUGAAACAGUUGUGUGAAGGACUAAAACACCCAAACUGCAAACUGCAGAAACUGGGGUUGUGGAAUUGUGAUCUCAAGGGUGCCAGCUGUGGGGAUCUCACUGCUGUUCUCAGAACCAGCCGGAGCCUGAUGGAGCUGGAGCUGCGUGAUAAUGUUUCUCUGGGAGAUUCUGGACUGCAGCUUCUGUGUGAGGGACUGAAACAUCCAGAUUGCAAACUGCAGAGACUGGGAUUGGAGAAAUGCGAUUUCACAGCGGCGUGUUGCGGGGAGCUCUCCUCCGCUCUCAGCACCAGCCCGACCCUGGCCGAGCUGGACCUGCGGGAGAACAAACUGGAAGAUUCCGGAGUGAAGCUGCUGUGUGAGGGGCUGACACAGCCAGCCUGCAACCUGCAGAAACUGGUCUUGUCCAAGUGGCAUGUAACCAAAGAAACACAGGCAGAGCUGGAUGCUGUGAAAAAGAUAAAACCUGAUCUGGUCAUAGAGAGAUACUCAGACCUUCUGCACACGAUGAGUGAAGACAAGACCCUGACUGACAUCCUUGUGCAACAACUGGAGGAUCUCGAAAAGAAAGAUUUAAAAAAAUUUAAACACAAAUUAUCUGAUUUUCGCUAUGAGGGGACGAAACGUAAAAUCCCCCGGAGCAAGCUGGAGAAUGCCGACGAAAUGGAUGUGGCCAGUCUCCUGAUAGAGUUCUAUGGCGAAGACAGUGCAGCGAACGUAGCGAUCGAAAUCUUCACCAAAAUCGGUCUGAAAAACUCUGCCGUGAAACUCCAAGAGGAAAAAGAGACAGAUUACAGACCAAAGUAUAAGGAACAUAUACGAGAAAAAUACCAACUAAUAGAAGAGAGGAACAAUCAAGUUGGAGAGUGUGUGGAACUAAACACAAGAUACACAAAGCUGCUGAUUGUAAAGGAACAUCGUGACCAGAAGGAGAGAAAGCACGAAAUAAGAGCCAAAGGGAAAGAGCAUGCAGAAAUCAUGGCAAAGCGAGCUAGUUCUACUAAACUGGAGACUUUAUUUGAUGCUAGUGGAAACAGGCAAACACCACUGAGAACCAUUGUGCUGCAGGGAGCUGCUGGGAUUGGAAAAACAAUGUUAGCCAAGAAGCUCAUGGUAGACUGGGCAUUUGGAAAACUCUAUCCUGGCAAGUUUGAUUACAUCUUCUACAUCAAUAGCAGGGAAAUGAACUGUAUUUCUGAGCGUCGAAGCGUUGCAGAUCUGAUUUUAAACAAUUGUCCUGACAGAAACGCACCCAUCAAAGAUAUUUUGGUGAAUCCAGAGAAGCUUUUGUUCAUAAUUGAUGGUUUUGAUGUACUUAAAUUUUCCUUUGAUCAGCAAGAAAGUAGUCUGUGCACUGAUCCCUGUCAGACAAAGCCAGUGGAAAUCAUACUGAGCAGUUUAUUAAGGAAAACGAUUCUUCCAAAAUCCUACUUAAUAAUCACUACGAGACCCACCGCUCUGGAUAAACUCCGGCAGUGUCUGAAGUUUCCCCAUAUUGCAACAAUCCUGGGAUUCUCUGAAGAGGACAGGAAGGAGUAUUUCUGCAAAUUCUUUGCAAAUGCCAUACAAGCAAAACAAGCUCUAGAUUUUGUAAAAGAGAAUGAAAUGCUCUUCACCAUGUGCUUUGCUCCCAUCGUAUGCUGGAUCCUGUGCACGGUGAUGAAACAACAGAUGGAGAGCGGAGAAGAUCUAGCCAAAAGCUCAAAAACAACCACCUCGGUAUACAUGCUCUUUCUGUCCAGUUUAUUAGAUAACCAUUCCAAUUCAAAGGAAUCCGUACACACUGACCUGAAGAAGCUAUGCUCCUUAGCUGCAGAUGGGAUCUUGAACAAUAAAAUACUGUUUGAAGAAGAAGAUGCGAGGAAGCAUGGUUUGGAUGGAUCUGACAUUCAGUCCCUCUUUCUCACUAAGAAUGUUUUCCAAAAAGAUAUCGGCUUUGAAAGUGUCUACAGCUUCAUUCACUUAAGUUUCCAAGAGUUCUUUGCAGCUUUGUUCUAUCUCUUGGUGGAAGAUAAAGAAAAAGGGUGUGAUUCAGUGACUCUGAAGAAAGAUGUGAAUGAAAUUUUGAAAAAUUAUGGAAAAUCUAGAGAUAAUUCUUUUACCUUGACGGUACGUUUCCUGUUUGGUCUCUUAAACAAAGAGAGAAUGAAUCACACAGAGAAAAUCUUUGGCUGUAAAAUUUCACCUGAAAUUAAACAGAAUUUAUUGAAGUGGUUUGGAUCUGUAGCAAAAAGAAGCUGUGGUCUGACCUUCAGAUCCGUCCAGGAAAAGCAGUUCCAGCUUGAGUUGCUUCACUGUUUGUACGAGAUUCAGGAAGAAGAGUUUGUCAAAAGUGCAAUGGAUCAUUUCCAAGAAAUUGGUCUGAGCAAUAUUCCCUUUACAAAAAUCGACCACAUGGUUCUUUCAUUCUGCAUAAAGAAUUGUCGUAAUGAGCAGUCGCUCUCUCUGAACGAUUGUACGUUUGGACUGGAAGAGCAGGAGGAAAGACAAGAGUCAGUGCUACGAAAGGAGUUGGAGGAGAAGGAGCCAAAAUAUUCCCCACCUCACCUUUUGUGUCAAGCACUGAAGGAUCCAGGCUGUAAACUAAAGAAAAUAUCCUUAGGGUGCUGCCGUCUCACCUCCGCUUGUUGUGAGGAUCUCGCCUCUGCUCUCAAGACAAACCAGUCUCUGAAAGAACUGGACCUGAGCGGUAACAAACUGGGGGAAACAGGGAUUAAAUUGCUCUGUAAGGGACUGAAACAUCAAAACUGCAGUGUUCAGAAAUUGGGGCUGAGGGGUCGCAGUCUCACCGCUACUUCCUUGGGCGAUCUCGCCUCUGUGCUCACUAAAAACCAGAGCCUGACAGAGCUGGACCUGAGCUAUAGUAAAUGGGGAGAUUUAGGAGUGAAGCUGCUGUACAAAGCACUGAAGCAUCCGAACUGUAAACUACAGAAAAUAAAGCUGGAGUGUUGCCUUCUCACAGCUGCUUGUUGCGAUGACCUUGCCUCUGUUCUCGGUACCAACCAGACCCUGACGGAGCUGGACCUGAGAAAUAAUGAGCUGAGGGAUUCUGGAGUGAAACAUCUGUGUGCCGGACUGAAACGAGAGAACUGUAAAAUACAGAAACUCGUGCUGUCAAACUGUUAUUUCACAGUAGUUUGUUGUGGGGCUCUCUCUGCUGUUCUCAGUAAAAGCCUGUCCCUGAGAGAGCUGGAUGUGUGCUAUAAUAAACUGGGAGAUGCAGGAAUGAAGCUGCUGUGUGAUGGGCUGAGACAGCCAGACUGCAAACUACAGAAACUAAGGCUGACCGGGUGUGGUCUGACACCUGCUUGUUGCGAAGAUCUCUCUGUUGUCAUAACUACAAACCAGUCACUGACAGAGCUGAAUAUCAAUCACGAUGCGCUGGGAGAUUCGGGAAUGAAACGGCUGCGUGAUGGACUGAACAGCGCAAGCUGUAAGCUGCAGACACUGCUGUAA